GUGGUGUCCUGCAGCAAAGAAAUGCUAAAGGUUACUGCUGGGGCAUGCAUUUACUUGUUCUCCAGUUUUUAUGGCUGAUUCAUGUACAAGAUUUAUAACCAGAGAAAUGGCAUCAAGGCUUGCGGCCUCCCUCGCCCUGUUCUUCCUGCUGGCGAGUGUGGCAGUUCUCAUUGCCGUGGCUGUUGUCCAGGUUCACAAGAGGACUUAUGAGUCUGCAGGGCUGAGGUUUGGAAUUGUGCUGGAUGCUGGCUCAUCUCGCACCACACUGUACCUUUACCAGUGGCCAGCUGAGAAGGAGAACAACACAGGUGUGGUCAGCCAGACACUCAACUGCAUGGUUGAUGGUGUGCCUAUCUCCAGUUUGGGCCAGAACUCGAGUCUGGACCAAAUGUCCUGGAGCUCCCUGAAGAACUGUGUGGCUCAGGCCAGAGAGAUCAUUCCUCCCUCACUGCACAGCAUCACCCCUAUCUUCUUGGGUGCAACAGCUGGCAUGAGACUGCUGAGGUCUCAGAAUGAAACAGCUUCAGAUGAGAUCUUGCAGUCCCUGGAGAACUACCUGAAGAGUUUACCUUUCGACUUCAGGAAUGCUUCCAUAAUCUCUGGGGCGGAAGAGGGGCUAUAUGGGUGGAUCACAGCCAACUACCUGAUGGGAAAUUUCCUGGAGAGAAACAUGUGGAACGAAUGGCUGCACCCUCAAGGAGCCAAGACUAUUGGAUCAAUGGACUUGGGGGGAGCGUCGACUCAGAUUGCCUUCACUACCCCCAUAGAAGAGGGUGCCAGUGCGGAGGGAUAUACACGGGUUCGGCUCUAUGGUUACAACUACAAUGUCUACACCCACAGCUUCCUCUGCUAUGGCAAGAAUGAGGCACAUAAGAAGGUUCUGGCUGCUCUGGUGCUGGCACAGAAGCCCUCUAAGACAGUGGAGAAUCCCUGCUUCCCUGUCGACUACAGCACUACCAUGUCAGCUGCGGACAUUUUUGGGAGCCCCUGCACUGAGACGCCCCAAGACUAUGACCCUGAUCAACAGCUCCACCUGGUGGGCACAGGGGACCCUGCACGCUGCAGAGCUGUAGUCCGUACCAUAUUUGACCUGGAAUCCUGCCGUGGCCAGGCCAACUGCUCCUUCAAUGGCGUGUACCAGCCUGCUCUGUCUGGACAUUUCUUGGCGUAUGCUGGAUUCUACUACACGGCAAAUGCUCUGAAACUAAACAGCUCUUUCACUCUGGAUUCCUUCAACUCCACUGUUUUUGCCUUUUGCUCGAAAAACUGGACAACCCUUAUAGCAAAUUAUGAAAUAAGGGAGAAAUACCUGUCAGCGUACUGCUAUUCUUCAAACUAUGUCUACAAUCUGCUGGUUGAAGGAUACAAAUUCACUGCUGAGACAUGGAAUAACAUUAUAUUUAAAAAAAAGGUGGAAAACAGCAAUAUAGCCUGGUCCCUGGGCUACAUGCUGACCACUUCCAACAUGAUCCCUGCAGAGCCUAAGCGCUUGUGGCUACCCAUGGAUAACUCAGUGUUUGCUGGCCUGCUGUUCGUCUUCUCCUCUUUAGCCAUCCUUAGCCUCAUGUUCCUCAUCAUUUCACUUGUGCGUGUCUGUUACUAAUAUCCACCAGGGGGCAGUGCUGAGAUUUCAUGAACUGUCAGAGGGCUCAUCCUCAGGCCACAGUGCUUUAACUGGACAAGAGGAAGAACUGUGGGUUGGUACACUGGGCGCUACCAAACUGAGCAAAGCAGCUUUGUGUUUUGCUUGGGUUUGCAAAUGAACAAAGGGCAAAGUAGUGUGUCAAAAUUCCACUACAUUCCAUCACACGAUUGGCCCUAUUGGAGUACCUAUUUGUCUGCAGCUAGUGCGUGUGAACUAGCAGGAAAAUGAUCAUGGAUGCACAGUCUUCUCUUUCUUAAAAUGAGACCAAACAUUUUGUUUGAUUUGUUUUUGUUUAUUCUGGAUGGAAUGGACCAAGGACAUUCCUGCUUUCAACAGACUGUGGUCCAGGCGGGCAGAUAUGAUGUACCACAGAUACACUUGUGGUGAAGAAAAACAAGCAUGGUAGAAUAAUCUAUGAUGAAUCUGAUUUACUUGUAUGCCUCUUUCAUGCUCCAUUGCAUUGCACUACAUCAUAUUUGU